AUGAUGUUCUGUUCGCACCAGGGUGCCAUCAUGACUCUCCUUGUUCCUGCUGCCUGUCUUGUUCCUGCUGCCUGUCCUGUUCCUGCUGCCUGUCCUGUUCCUGCUGCCUGUCCUGUUCCUGCUGCCUGUCCUGUUCCUGCUGCCUGUCCUGUUCCUGCUGCCUGUCCUGUUCCUGCUGCCUAUCCUGUUCCUGCUGCCUAUCCUGUUCCUGCUGCCUGUCCUGUUCCUGCUGCCUAUCCUGUUCCUGCUGCCUAUCCUGUUCCUGCUGCCUAUCCUGUUCCUGCUGCCUAUCCUGUUCCUUCUGCCUGUCCUGUUCCUUCUGCCUGUCCUGUUCCUUCUGCCUGUCCUGUUCCUUCUGCCUGUCCUGUUCCUUCUGCCUGUCCUGUUCCUUCUGCCUGUCCUGUUCCUUCUGCCUGUCCUGUUCCUUCUGCCUGUCCUGUUCCUUCUGCCUGUCCUGUUCCUUCUGCCUGUCCUGUUCCUUCUGCCUGUCCUGUUCCUUCUGCCUGUCCUGUUCCUUCUGCCUGUCCUGUUCCUUCUGCCUGUCCUGUUCCUUCUGCCUGUCCUGUUCCUUCUGCCUGUCCUGUUCCUUCUGCCUGUCCUGUUCCUUCUGCCUGUCCUGUUCCUUCUGCCUGUCCUGUUCCUUCUGCCUGUCCUGUUCCUUCUGCCUGUCCUGUUCCUUCUGCCUGUCCUGUUCCUUCUGCCUGUCCUGUUCCUUCUGCCUGUCCUGUUCCUUCUGCCUGUCCUGUUCCUUCUGCCUGUCCUGUUCCUUCUGCCUGUCCUGUUCCUUCUGCCUGUCCUGUUCCUUCUGCCUGUCCUGUUCCUUCUGCCUGUCCUGUUCCUUCUGCCUGUCCUGUUCCUUCUGCCUGUCCUGUUCCUUCUGCCUGUCCUGUUCCUUCUGCCUGUCCUCUUCCUUCUGCCUGUCCUGUUCCUUCUGCCUGUCCUGUUCCUUCUGCCUGUCCUGUUCCUUCUGCCUGUCCUGUUCCUUCUGCCUGUCCUGUUCCUUCUGCCUGUCCUGUUCCUUCUGCCUGUCCUGUUCCUUCUGCCUGUCCUGUUCCUUCUGCCUGUCCUGUUCCUUCUGCCUGUCCUGUUCCUUCUGCCUGUCCUGUUCCUUCUGCCUGUCCUGUUCCUUCUGCCUGUCCUCUUCCUUCUGCCUGUCCUGUUCCUUCUGCCUGUCCUGUACCUUCUAUCGCUCGCCUCACAACUGUCCUGUCGCAGGACCAUCGCCAACACCAACUUGUCUGGCUCGCUGCCAGCCUCCCUUG